UUCGUUUUCUUGAAGACCAACAAAGAAAGAUUGUUGAAAGAUUAAUGGAGAGGACCAAAUCUGAUACGAGUGAGUGUGACUACGACGAGUUUGUGGAGCAAGACCCGACCGGGAGGUACUUCCGGUACGACGACGUUUUGGGGAGGGGGGCGUUCAAGACUGUGUACAAGGCGUUUGAUGAGGAAGAAGGGAUUGAAGUGGCGUGGAGCAAAGUCAAGACUGAGGACGAGGCUGAGCUUCAGAGAUUGUUUUCGGAGGUUAAUCUGCUCAAGUCUUUGAAGCAUGAGAACAUCAUCAAGCUUUUUAGCUGGUGGGUUGUGGAGGAUGAUGACGAUAAUGGUGACUGUAAAACCAAGAAGAAGAAGAAGAAGACUGUGAAUAUGAUAACGGAGCUGUUCACUUCCGGGAGCUUGAAGCAGUAUCGAAAGAAGCACACCCAUGUCGAGAUCAAGGCCAUCAAGAAAUGGGCGAGGCAGAUUCUCAAGGGGCUGAGCUAUCUGCACUGUCAUGACCCUCCGAUUGUUCAUAGGGAUUUGAAGUGUGACAAUGUGUUCAUUAAUGGGUUUAAUGGGGAAGUGAAGAUUGGAGAUCUGGGGUUUGCGUUGGUGAUGCAGCAGCCUACUACUGAGUUUAGAGUGAUUGGCACGCCGGAGUUUAUAGCGCCGGAGAUGUAUGACGAGGAGUAUAAUGAGUUGGUGGAUAUCUAUUCUUUUGGGCUGUGCUUGCUAGAAAUGGUGACUUGUGAGUACCCUUACAAGGAGUGUCGAAAUUCGGCUCAUAUUUACAAGAAGGUUAUCAAUGGUGUAAUGCCGGCUUCUCUGAAUAAAGUGAAGGAUCCUCAAGUGAAGCAGUUCAUUGAGAAGUGUCUAGUUCCUGCAUCGAUGAGAUUGUCUGCAAUGGAGCUCCUGAAAGAUCCAUUCCUUGCAGCUGAUGAUUCAAGGGAGCCUAAAUCUCUUCCCAUGGAAAUAGAUAGCACAAGUGUCAAAGAGAGUUCCACAUCAUCUAGCUCUUCGAUUCUGGAGUGUCAGAGGUCCACAAAGAGUAAUGAAUUGACUUUAAGAGCAAAGAGGAAUUCUGAUAGUAGUAAUACUAUUGCUUUGACCUUGAGUGUUGCUGAUCCACGGGGUCGCCGUGGGAAGAAGACCAUUGAGUUUGAUUUCUAUCUUGAUUCCGAUACUGCUAUUUCGAUUGCUGGGGAGAUGGUUGAUCAGGAGCUUGGUCUUUCAACUGAAGAUGUGUCUGCCGUGGCUGAGUUGAUUGAUAAAUUGGUUACGAAGCUUGUGCCCAAGUGGAAACCUACUUCGUCUGUAGCAUAUAGCUCAUGUACCACUACUAGGUCAGAUGCUACAAAGUGUGGCUGUGGAGCUAAUUCCGGCGAUUCGUCAAAGAACUCUACUAUCUCGAGCAUGGAGAUAUGGAAAAGCUUUAGCACGUCAAGCAUUUGUUCCUUGCAGUCUGAGUCAUCUCCAAUGGACAAACAUCGGUAUGAUCACUUAAAAGCGGAGCUUGACUUGAUUGAUGCACAGUAUCAACAACGUUUUGUUGAGCUGGUGAAGAUGAAGGAAGAAGCGAUCCGAAGUGCAAAGAAGAAGUUGGUUGGUGUAGUCUAGCAUCCAUUCGCAGAUUGGCAGCAUUUAGAAAUGUGAUGAUAUAACAUUCACUUCAUUAUCCUCUUUGUAAUAUACUACUUUGUGUACUUUAAUUUCUAGUCUAGUUUAGAAACUUUCAUAACAAAA